GGCCAGAGAGGAACUGGCGGAGUCCGGGAGGGAGUGUCAGAUUUCAAACUCCAGCCCAGCCAUUCAGAGAGGCGCGAUGUGGGGGACCCACCUUGGGCUCCUGGUCUGUGUCCUGGGCAGCGUGUGCUUCACCAGAGCCUAUCCGGAUGCCUCCCCAAUGCUCGGCUCCAGCUGGGGCGACCUGAGUCACCUGUACACAGCCUCGGGCAGGAACAACUAUCACCUGCAGAUCCACAGGGACGGCCACGUGGAUGGCGCGCCCCAUCAGACCAUCUACAGUGCUCUGAUGAUCAAUUCCGAGGAUGCUGGCUUCGUGGUGAUAAGAGGCGUGAUGAGCAGGAGGUACCUCUGUAUGGAUUUCAGAGGCAACAUUUUUGGCUCGCAUUACUUCAACCCGGAGAACUGCAGGUUCCGACACCGGACGCUGGAAAACGGCUAUGACGUCUACCAGUCUCCUCAGCACCAUUUCCUCGUCAGCCUGGGGCGGGCGAAGAGGGCCUUCCUGCCGGGCAUGAACCCGCCGCCUUACUCCCAGUUCCUGUCCCGGAGGAACGAGGUCCCUCUCAUUCACUUCAACACCCCGAAGCCGCGGCGGCACACGCGGAGCGCCGAGGACGACUGGGACAGCGACCCCCUGAAGGUGCUGAGGCCCCGGCCCCGGCUAAACCUGGCAGCGGCCCCCUGCUCCGAGGAGCUCCCGAGCGCCGAAGACGACGACAGCGUGGAGGCCGACGACCCCCUGGGCGUGAUCCUGCGCAGCAGGGUGGACAUGCGGGCAGUGGGAGUGGGCGGGAAAAGGUGCCCCCGCGACCCCUAGUCCACCUAGGGAAACGGGAAGAGGAAUGCUUUUAACCGGUCCUUCCCGAACUGAACCACCUCUAAAGGGAGCAGCGACCUUUCCACUCCAAGGAAGGGGAAGGUGGAGGUGAUAUGUGGGAUCAGCUGCUUUUCUGCAUUCCCUUCCGCAGAAAGACCCCUGCGAAUCCGCCUUGGAGGCCUGAGCUAUGGAGGCUCCGCCUUCCUCACGCACAUACACGCCUUUCUGGAUAAGCAGAAACUUCCUCUUCACUAACGGGGGAGGAGGGAUUGUUUUCUCUGUAUUUCUAUUCCCUGAGCCUCCCUUCUUAACCGAUUUAGCGUAAAAAAGCAAGGGCUAGCGGGUUUACUACUUCUGAAGUGCGGGGAGAGGGCAGUACAAGCAGCCUUACCUCCCCCAGGGCUCCCCACACUGUUUUCUGCCCAGGCCCCACUGGCAUUUGAGCCUGCAAGACUUGAUCCAGGGCAUUCACAGGGGAACCCGGCAAGCUGAUGAAAAUCCCUUUUCAGACUCUGUCCUUCCUUGAGCAUCUUUGGGGAAGAGCUGUCAGAAAGAUAGGUGGUACAAUAUGGAAAUACAUUGAGACUCUUCUAAGAAGCAUUUAAUUAAGUCUGUGCUUCCAGGUUGAGUGGCAAUCCAUUCUGGAUGAGUCACAAAAGUUACUGUUCCAGGGAAGGGGGGACCUUGAGGCAAUGGGACUGCCUGCGUUGGGUUUCUGUGGACUGGCACAUCCUGUUCCCCCUUUUUAAUUUUCUCAAUGAAGUGGCCUCAAGGGCUCAGGGGGAAAGAAGUCCAAUCACCAGGGGACCAAGUGUAGGAGUUAUGAGAAGACAAUCCUCAGUGCUGUUGGCCAUGAUCUCUCCACCGCUCUGCAGCUCUGGCUGUAGGAUUGGUUCAAACACUUCUAGGUUGAAACUCUUUUGUGUCUCAAUCCUGGAAAUUCUUGGAAUAAAGACAGCUUUCAGUCCCUGCAACCCCAACACAAUCCUGAGGAAAGUAACACCACUGUUACCGAAUAGCAGAAUACCAGAAGGGCAGGUCCGAUGCUCAGCUCUCAUCCUGGCCUUACCCCAUGACUUACAAGGGGAUCCCACUUUCCUACCUCUAUUUAAAUGACCACCUAAAGAGCAGAAUAUUAACAAGCAAAGUAGAUUUAAACAAUGCUUUAUUCCCACUUUUCCUCACUGCCAUCAUGUAACCAGCCUUAAAAAUGGAUUCAUUUCUUUUUACUUACUAUGGAAACAUUGGACAACUGUUUUUAUCUGAUGAUUUUAAGCUGAACUUGAGGGACCAGUUCCUAUUCUGAAACACUAAAACUCUGUAUCAUCCUAUAUAGCAGUGCAUGGCAAAAAAAAAAUGUCUUUAUAGUUUUCAUUUCUCAUUGGAAAUAUUAUCCUGCAUUGUAGCUAUUGGAGGCUCCCAAGUACUGAUAACUAGACGGAAAAUCCCAAAAGGACUUGGGGAGAAAACCAGAUGUAACCUCACCAACUGUGCACCACCAACAGGAGUAUUUGCUUUGGCAGAGCCAAGGCGGCCCCCACAAUUUCCUAUGUCCCUUAGCAUGUGGCAAUAUUUAUUUAUUUAUUUGGAAGAUUUUGCCUAUCACUCUAUGUUUAUAGAUAUUUAUAAAGAUGUAACCUCACCUUUAUUCUUUCUUCUGAUUGUUUAAAGGAAAAAUAAAAUUUCUCU